AUGCCAUUGAUUAUACAGAAUACUUUAUAUAAUUCAUGGGUAAAGUACAUUACAAGCAUAUCAUUUGUAAUUGGAUCUAUCAUUGCUUUUAUAUUGGUUAAUCAGAAAUUGGAUUCUCCAUUUAUUGAUGAAAUAUUUCAUUUAAAACAAUGUCAGAGAUAUUAUAAUUAUAAUUAUCAUUGGGAUAAUAAGAUAACAACACCACCGGGUUUAUACUAUUUAGGGUUUUUAUAUUCGAAAUUGAUGCUGAUUGUAUUUGGUGUGCCGUUUAGUUAUGAAAUUUUAAGAUCAUUGAAUUUAAUAGGUGGAUUAAGUAUAUUACCAUUGGUGUUGAAACGAGUUUUCAAAAAAUAUAAAAAUGGUCAAUUUUGGACAGUUAAUAUAAUAUCACAACCUUUAUUGUUCACUUAUUAUCAUUUAUUUUAUACUGAUAUUUGGUCAACUAUAUUUAUUGUCCUAUCAUUGAGUUUAAUAACCAAUAAAAAUAAUCAAAAACCUGUACUAAGUGGUUUAAUUGGAUUCAUAAGUCUAUGGUUUAGACAAACUAAUAUUGUAUGGUUAGCGUUCAUAGCUACAGUGUUUAUUGAUAAGAAAAUCAUGCCUACUGACUCAAUUGAUCGGGCUUAUCAAUUCAUCAAAAAGUCAUUUCAACAUUGGAAAAGUUUAUUACCUUAUUUAAUUAACUUUAUACUAUUUAUUAUAUUUUUGAAAGUUAAUGGUGGGAUAACGUUAGGUGAUAAAGACAAUCAUAAGGUUGAAUUACAUGUUGUUCAAGUAUUUUAUUGUUUUACAUUUAUAAAUUUUUUCACUUUACCUAUAUGGUUCAAUAAAACCACCUUUAUUAGAUACUUUAGAUACUGGAUACAGUUUUAUGGCUUGAAUAUUGUACUCAAUCUUGCAUUGUUAGGAUUAAUAAAGUACAUUAUCGACAAUUUUACAGUUGUUCAUCCAUUUUUAUUAGCUGAUAAUAGACAUUAUACAUUUUACAUUUAUAGAAAAUUAUUAAAGCCAAAAUAUAGUCAAUUCAUUUCCAUUCCAUUAUAUCAUUUUGCAACAUAUAAUAUAAUUACUCAAUUAAAUAAACUUUCAUUCAUUUCAAUUAUUGCAUUUAUAAUGUCAAUUUGUUUGACAAUCAUUCCAUCACCAUUAUUUGAACCAAGAUAUUACAUUAUUCCAUUAAUCAUAUUUAGACUUUACAUCAAAUCAAAUAACGAACUCCUUGAAUUUAUAUGGUUAAAUUCAAUCAAUAUAGCUACAACUUUUAUAUUUCUAAGUUAUGAAUUUUCAUGGGCUAGUGAAUUAACUAAACAACGAAUAAUAUGGUAA